AUGGCUGUUCGGCCAUUUCUCCUCCACAUUCUCGUGCUCUUCAUUUUUGUCGAGAUUUGCCAUGCCGGCGUCGUGGAGGUUGGCGCGUCGACGACGACACCCCUAAUGGUUGCACCGACUAAGGAA